AUGUUUGCCGCCCGCCGCUUCACAGCUGCCGUGCCUCGCACCCUCGGCACCCAGUCUGCCCUCUUCCACGCGACUCGCCCAGCCUUUGUCAAAGUCGGCGAUGCCAUUCCCAAUGUCGACCUGGUCGAAGACUCGCCCGGCAACAAGGUCAACAUCGCCAAAGAAUUGACCGGCAAGGGUGUGAUUGUCGGUGUUCCAGCUGCUUUUAGCCCCGCUUGCUCUAGCACACACGUCCCCGGCUACAUCAACCAUCCCGCCCUCAAAAACGCUGGAAAGGUCUUUGUCGUUUCCGUCAAUGACCCUUUUGUCAUGAAGGCAUGGGGCGCAACUCUUGAUCCUACUGGCAAGAGUGGUGUUCGCUUCUUGGCAGAUCCCGCUAGUACCUUCACCGAUGCCUUGGAGCUCGGAUUUGACAGUGCUGCCAUCUUCGGAAACCAGCGAAGCAAGCGUUACGCCUUGGUGGUUGAGGACGGCAAGGUCAAGGAAGCUCACGUUGAGCCGGAUAACACGGGCGUUGACGUCUCCGCUGCCGAAAAGGUUCUUGCUUAA